UAGUUCCGUUCGAAAAGCUGUCCGUAGUGAAACAAGCACGUUUUUUGGCUCAGCUGUCAUGUGUCACCCAGAAACCGACCGGUAAAUUAGCUCACUGUGAAUCAGGUGUGAACGUGGAAGAAGUUUCUACAAUUCAGACGGCAACGUCGGAUGAAACCACCAAUUAACAACGUGUGUUGAAAGUGAACACAAGUAACUGACUUUGUACUAAACGGUAGCAGAGAGAAAUUGGUUCCGUUUUGUGAACGAGGGUUCAACAUUAUCCAACUAGAACAGUCUGUUCCUGACCGGGUUGAACAUGGACACGGUGGUUAAAUUCACAAGCCAGAGCCAAGGAAGGGACCGCAUAUUCAGGGCGACCCAAUAUGCUUGUGCUCUGUCGAUAUAUCUGCUUCGAAACAACUCAGAGAGAAAGGACCUUGUGGCCAAACUCAAAAGUCUGGAGACCAACAUGAGCGCUGGACGAAAAUUGUUCAGGCUGGGGAACACAAUAAAUUCCAUUGAGGCUGCUAAGCGAACCAUGCAACUCUCUGACCGAGUGCUGUGCCUGUGCCUUACUGCAGCCAAUGCCAACCGCGCCCUCUACUUUAUCUGUGACAAUGUACUUUGGGCCAGAAGCGUCGGUCUUAUCCGCGAUAUCGACAAGGAACGCUGGAGCCUAAAUUCCUCUCGCUGCUACUUCCUCUCGCUAGUUAUGAGCCUGACCAGAGAUCUUUACAUAGUCGUCCAGUUGAUGACACAGAGAGCAAGAGAUGAACACUUUAGACAGAAAAUGGAGAUGCAUCUCCGUGAGAGUCCUGAAGUAGCUGAAGCUGUCGUUCCUCAGCUGGAUGCGAUUCUUUUUCUGCUGUUUGACAGCCUAAAAUCGCAUCCUGCUGUUGCCUUGGACACGCUGAAAAAUGUAUGCGAUCUCUUCAUUCCCCUUGACAAGUUGGGUAUAUACCAGUCAAAUGCCGGAGUGGUGGGAUUUUGUGGUUUGAUGUCCUCAGUGAUUGGGAUUAUAACCCUCUUACAGCCCAAGUUAAGACUCAAACCAUGAUAAUAAUGGUGGAGAUAAACCUUACUGACUAACUGCAGAUAAAAGGGUUAAUCAUGACAGGUUUUUAAAUGAUUUAGUGUCAUCUACCUGGAGGUAUAAUGGUGGACCGAAGUCAACCUGGUGCACAAUGAGAUUAGGCAACGUCACAUUUUGUAACAUUUAUGUUAGAAUAGCAUUUAUUACACCAAACUCAGGCCAGCAAUAACUGAAGGGAUGACUGGAUUUGAUUGUUUUUUUAACAGAUUUGUGAUUAAGUGAUUGAUUGAACUGAUUACAUCAUGCUUUUGAGACCACGAAAUGACUUGAAUGGGGACCAUUUCAAGGUUAAAACACUGCUUUAAAAGGGAGCAAAUCAAGUUUACAUAGAGGCCUUGUUUAUUUUUCGUAUUUCAAAAGAGCCAAGGCUAAACCUGUGUGCAUUCCUGUCUUCUUCAACACCACAUAUUAACACCAGCACGUUGGUAACUACUGUACUUAAAGGUUCUCUAUAUGGAAUUCAGAGCAUUUCUAUUGCCUUCACACGGCUCUCAACAUGGAGACGGCGGCUUGAUCAGUGCAAACAACAGCAAAAGUGCUGUUGGAGCUAACAGUGUUAACCUGGGGGAGACCGGAGUGUGAGUGUUACACUUCUGCGACAACGCUGUGGGUCUGGGCAGCGUUAUCGACUGUAACCGCUGUAUGAGCUCAGUGCAGAGCGACGGCCAUGAGCUAGCCAGUGGGGGAACAACAGAGAGACUCACAUGCACUAAAAUACACACGCACACAGAGAGGGAGUGUGACUUCAUUCUCUGCUCAGGUAGACAUUACAUCUCUAUAACUUUACAUAGCAAAUAGCUGUUUGCUGCUUUAUUAAUGCUCUGAAUCCCACAUAUAGAACCUUGAAAAUAAGGGCUCCUUACUUAUGAACGUUUUUGCAUUUGCUUUUGCACCUAUCUCUUAGAAAAAGUAAGAUCUUAACCACAGUGGCAUUGCCACUGUCUUUCUCUACUCUCUGUUGGUGAUAAGAUGCUGCUAAAAGUUUUACGUCUAUGAUCCAUGUGAUGAAUAAGCUGCCCUCUCAGCCAAAAGUGCUACCAGAGGGGAAAAAGCAGCUGAGAGAUUUCAGGGGAUUUCUAAGCCUUUUUUUACAAGAGACAUUUUGACUUGUCACAGUAGGAAAAGCACAGAUAAUGACACCAACAGUGGCUCUAUUCUAGUCAAGUGUCCCAUUGAGAGUGACAGUGAGCCAGGGGGCCCAAUACCAGGAACCUGAAAUCAAACAAUUAAAUCAAAUUCAGUAGUCAUUAAUUUCAUUAUUUACACAUGUGCUUUUCCUAUUAUGACAAUUUAAAAUAUAAAAUGUCAUGAUAAUUUUCUUCCUGCCAUUCAAGGCAUGGCCAGGACUUUGACUCAACAGAUUAUUACUUUAUCAUUUAAAGAAAGUGUUAAGAAAUGAUUAAGUAAAAAAAAAAAACUAUGCAUAUAUUACUAUUUGAAUGAGCAAAGACACCCUCAAUGAUGUGAUUACAAUUAAAUUCUUAAUAUAUGAAUUGUAUGCUUGUGUAUAUAUGUUUUUUUUAAAUAUUUGUGACACAGACAAAACAAGUGUACGAGGAUACAUUGGAAACCUCCAACUUCCUCUAGAAAAUGCUAUGAAAACUUCAGUGCUCAAAGCUGCGGGUGCACUUGUCAUUUAUUAUCACAUGUAGUAGUGUCAUUCAUUUCAGAUGGCUUAAUGUUUUCACUGUCACGCUUGAUUGAAAGGUUAAUAAAACACUGAUAAAACUA